AUGGCGGUGGAAUCCUUAGAGACGGAGAUGGACACGGCGGUGCGUGUAGUGCACCUUGCUUCUUCUCUCUGUGUUAAAGUUCAGGACAAGCUUCGUCUUCCUUCUUCCACCAACGGUGCUCACGUUAAGUCCAAAGACGAUGAUUCCCCUGUCACCGUCGCAGAUUGGGGUGUUCAAGCAAUUGUGAGCUGGGUUUUAGCUGAAGUUUUUGGUGGUCAAAACCUUUCGAUUGUCGCUGAAGAGGACACCGAGGCUCUCUCCAAGGCUGAUUCAUUGGGUCUUUUGGGAGCUGUCUCGAAUGCAGUCAAUGAAGCCUUGUCUGAAGCUCCUAAAUACGGGCUUCCAAAACCAGAUAAGCCCUUGGGAUCAACUGAAAUUCUAAAGGCGAUCGGUCGAUGCAGUUCCGUUGGAGGACCAAAGGGAAGGCACUGGGUGCUUGAUCCGGUUGAUGGAACGUUAGGAUUUGUUCGUGGGGAUCAGUACGCUGUUGCUUUAGCUCUGAUAGAGAACGGUAAACUCCUUUUGGGGGUACUAGGUUGUCCUAAUUAUCCAGUUAAGAAAGAAUGCCUGAGUAACGGUUGCAACCAAACCGUGGCAAAAUCUGUACCUGGGGACGUAUCGAAAGGGUGUGUCAUGUAUGCAAAGAGAGGAAGUGGUCAAGCGUGGAUGCAACCGCUAAUUGCAGGAGGAAUCCCAGAAUCUGCAACGCUCCUUAAAGUUUCCUCUGUCAAUGAUCCUGUUCUAGCUACCGUUUGUGAGCCAGUGGAGCGAGCAAACUCAAAUCACUUGUUCACUGCAGGACUUGCCAAUAGCAUGGGAGUUAGAAAACAGCCCAUGCGAGUGUAUAGCAUGGUGAAAUAUGCAGCGAUUGCGCGUGGAGAUGCUGAAGUGUUUAUGAAGUUUGCACAGUCGAGUUACAAAGAGAAGAUAUGGGAUCACGCAGCUGGAGUAGUCAUUGUGGAAGAAGCGGGUGGUGUGGUGACUGAUGCGGGAGGAAGAAACUUAGACUUCUCAAAAGGAGUUUACUUGGAAGGUCUAGACCGAGGAAUCAUAGCGUGUUCUGGUCAAGUUUUGCAUGAGAAGAUCAUAGGUGCGGUUUAUGCUAGUUGGGAAUCUUCCAGUCUCUGA